ACACGCGCGCUCACACACACACACACACACACACACACACACACACACACACAGUCGUCCUCCAGAGGUGCAGCAGCAGCCCGCACACCACUACGCUGUUUCUAUGUAUGUGCCGGCACAGUGCAGACAGAGGUUGUAAACAUGGCGGCGGACGGGAUGGUGCUCACCAACCACGACCAUCAGACCCGAGUGGGGAUUCUGACGGUCAGUGACAGCUGUUUCAGGAACUUGGCUGAGGACAGGAGUGGAGUCAACCUGAAGGACCUGGUCCACGAUCCCUCACUGCUAGGAGGAGUCAUAGCAGCCUACAAGAUCGUUCCAGAUGAGAUCGAUGAAAUCAAGGAAACCCUUCUGGAGUGGUGUGAUGAACUAGAGCUGAAUCUCAUUCUCACCACUGGAGGAACUGGCUUUGCACCACGAGAUGUGACACCUGAGGCCACCAGAGAGGUGAUAGAGCGAGAGGCUCCGGGUAUGGCUCUGGCCAUGCUGAUGGGAUCACUCAACGUCACACCUCUAGGCAUGCUGUCCAGGCCAGUGUGUGGCAUUCGUGGUAAAACUCUGAUCAUUAACCUGCCAGGGAGCAAGAAGGGCUCUCAGGAGUGUUUUCAAUUCAUCCUGCCCGCACUGCCCCACGCCAUCGACCUGCUGCGUGAAGCCACAGUCGGGGUCAAAGCCACGCACGCCGCCCUGGAACAGCUGCCCUCUCCUUCCCCUCUCCUGGCCAACACGCACACCAACACACACACCGACACGCACACCAUGGAGCGCGGCACCCAGUGCGAGGAAGAGGAGGACGAGGAGGAGGACAGGAGGAGAGGUCGACAUGCGCACAACCACCACCAUCACCAGCAUGGCUCCUCCCACAUCACCGCAGCUGCUAUCGCUGCCAAGACGAGCCACGCUGUGGUCAUGGCUAAGGGAGGCCCCUACUUGCCCGGAAACACACCCGCCCCUCCCACUCAUUUCACUUGUUCCUGUACCCAUGACCAGCAGAUCCCGGACUCUAUCAUUUCUCGAGGCGUUCAGGUGCUUCCUCGAGAUUCGGCCUCUUUAAGCUCCACCCCUUCCGAGUCACCACGGGCAACACAGGCGACCUCCCGCCUUUCCACCGCCUCAUGCCCGACACCCAAGGUUCAGUCACGAUGUGGCAGUAAUGAGAACAUUCUGAGAGCCAGCCACAGUGCGGUAGACAUCAGUAAAGUGGCACGUCGUCAUCGCAUGUCUCCGUUCCCAUUGACGUCAAUGGACAAAGCCUUCAUCACUGUUCUAGAGAUGACACCAAUUCUGGGAAUUGAAGUCAUUAACUACAGAGACGGUUUGGGUCGAGUGCUCGCUCAGGACAUCUAUGCCAAAGACAACCUUCCUCCGUUUCCCGCCUCUGUUAAAGAUGGCUACGCUGUACGAGCUGCCGAUGGCCCAGGAGAUCGCUUCAUCAUGGGAGAAUCACAGGCUGGACAACAGCCCACCCAUACAGUGAUGCCAGGUCAGGUGAUGAGGGUGACGACCGGGGCUCCGAUUCCUUGUGGAGCCGACGCUGUGGUCCAAGUAGAAGAUACAGAGCUUCUGCGGGAGUCUGAGGAUGGCACAGAGGAGCUGGAGGUGAGGAUUAUGGUCCAGGCCCGACCCGGACAGGACAUCAGGCCAAUAGGUCACGACAUCAGGCGAGGGGAGUGUGUGCUGGCUAAAGGAACACAUAUGGGCCCGUCAGAGAUCGGCCUGCUGGCUACAGUUGGAGUGACUGAGGUCAGCGUGCACAAGUUCCCCGUGGUGGCCGUCAUGUCCACUGGAAACGAGCUGUUGAAUCCAGAGGAUGACCUUCACCCAGGGAAAAUCAGAGACUCCAACCGCUCCACUCUGCUGUCCACCAUCCAGGAACAUGGAUAUCCCACCAUCAACCUGGGAAUCGUUGGAGACAACCCUGAUGACUUGCUUUCAGCUCUCCAUGAGGGAAUCAGUCGUGCCGACGUCAUCAUCACCUCAGGGGGUGUGUCCAUGGGAGAGAAGGACUACCUAAAGCAGGUGCUGGAUAUUGACCUUCAUGCUCAGAUCCACUUUGGACGAGUCUUUAUGAAGCCAGGUCUUCCUACUACCUUUGCCACAGCUGACAUUGAUGGAGCACGGAAACUCAUCUUUGCUCUGCCAGGUAACCCAGUGUCUGCAGUGGUGACAUGUAACCUGUUUGUGAUUCCUGCUCUGAGGAAGAUGCAAGGCAUUCUGGACCCUAGACCUACAAUUAUUAAAGCUAGGCUUUCCUGUGAUGUGAAGCUGGAUCCCAGACCAGAGUACCACCGCUGUAUUCUCACCUGGCAUCACCAGGAGCCACUGCCCUGGGCACAAAGCACAGGCAACCAGGUAUCCAGCAGACUAAUGUCAAUGCGUAGCGCCAACGGUCUGCUGAUGUUACCUCCUAAAACAGAGCAGUAUGUGGAACUGCAUAAGGGAGAGGUCGUGGACGUCAUGGUCAUCGGACGGCUAUGAUGCAGACUUCAAUGUCACUCGCUACCGAUUACCAUGGCAGUGCCAGGACUUCCUGUCUGGACAGGAAACGGGCGGGGGCAGGAAGUGAUGCAUGUCUACCUGGUCGCCAUUAGCUGUGAUGUCAUAUGCAACAGCCAAUCGGAGCCAGCGGAGGCUGAAUCCUCAUUGGUCUGCUCUGAGGAGAUCACUGUAUUUCAAUGGAGAAAAAAAUGUGAAAAAAAAAAAUAAAAUAUGAGAUUUAUUCUGUAAUAUUAUUAUUAUUAUUAUCCUGAUGAUAAUGAUUAUUAAUAUUCUUAAUUAAUAUUCUAUUUAUUAUUAUUAUCAUGGUUCUGAUUGAAUAUUAUCAUCUUAGUAGUAAUCAUGCCCUCUUCUCUCCUGUUCAUUUGCUUUGUGCGUUCAACAUUUUUCCCUGGUAGAUAUAGAGAUAUAGAGACUUCCCCUCCUUCCUCCACUCCUCCUGACCUUUUUUCCCUUUCUUUCCCCCUUCUUUCUCUCUUCUUCUUCUUUUCUGCUCUGGCAUCCUCUAUCCAGAUAUAGAAACUCCUUGAUAACCCCUCCCUGCAGUAUCAGUACAUCCUGGAACACACUGAGCCUAACAUCAGCAUUGACAGAAAUAUGAACUAAAGGCGUAUAAAGACAUCUUCUGAUUGAUGUUGCUGAUAUAGUUUGUGCCAGUACAGUAAAUACUUUUUUGCCAAAAGGAAAAAAAUCCAAGGAUAUUUGUUUGUUUGUUUUUUGUUUUUUUUACUCCAGAUAUAACACUUUCAAACCAUACUGAGACACUAAAACUCAUCACGACUCUCAGUGAAAGCCAUGGAACUCUGUUAGGUGGGUCAGUGGCUCAGCUUUAAGGCAGGACGAUUUAAGGCAAGAUUCAUUGAGUGAAAUCCUCUCUGGCCAUACUGGAAUGAUUCCUCUGGUCCGGCAUCAAAUAUAAACAUAACUGUUCUAAUAAUAUGUUAUAAAAAUGAUUUCUAUGAUCUGUAGUCAGGGACGAACUUUCCCUCAUAUCAGAGGUGGGCCACAAUAGUAUAACCCAGCCCUGCAUUCAAGUGGUGUUGGAUUUACAUGAGUUUAUAGUUUACACCAUGAAACUGCAGUACGAAACUGAAAUACUUACAGUCUUUAAUUCAUUCUUUAAUUUAACUAUUGGAGGAUAAUGCUUGUGAUAGUCUUUAUUUUCUUACUAUCAACAAAUCGCAUCAAUUAGUGAGCUUUAGGUGCUGAUAAGUGGAUUAGGUUACUGUCAGACAGAGCCAGGCUAGCUGUUUCCUCUUGUUUUCAGUCUUUAUGCCAAGCUAAGCUAGCCAGUCGCUGGCUGUGUACAGAUGACAGUGGUAGAAAGAGCGUCAUAUGAAAACUCCUACAAGGAACUUUCGUGUUGUGUCGAUUGUGGUGGCCCCUGUGGACAAAAGUGGUAGUGUUUCUACUACCUCCUUUCAUUGAUGUCAAGGGGAAUUCCACCGAAUCCGACCCAUUGGCAGGCAUAAUCAGUUAGACACUCCGUGUAGUACAUUUGAUUAAUCAGUCUUGUCCUUUUCUUUUUCCUCUGCCAAUGUGUGAUAUUAUUUCUGUAAAACAGGUCAGAAAUAUAUAGCUCCAGUUUUAAAAAGGCUCAGCUGGGCACUGUAGUUUUUAGCACACUCAAAGGGAGGAAUGUGUACAUUUGUUUGGGACUAUUUUCAGCCGCGGAGUAGUACACAUUUGAUGCUCUAGUGAGUAUUUACAGCAGGACGACGGUGUAUUUGGGACUGAGUCAAAAUAAGCUGCAAUGUGUGUGUUCAUGGUAAUGAAAGAACAUGACACCCAGUGCAACAGUGUGGCUCACUGAUGUGUUUUAAUAUUAGAAGGAGAACAUCAGGCACAUACACAAUACUUGUUAGUAGGUCUUUUUCAUUUCUGGUUUGGUCGUUUCAUGGGAUUUGUUGACAGUGAGAAAAAAAUGUAGAAUAUUAUCAGCCUUAUCCUUCAAGUAGCCAAAGAGUAACGACUAUACCUAGCUGACAGCUGGUCUCAAAGGCUUCUGUUUGGCCAAUGUUGCGCCUCCCACCUUUUCCUCAAACAAACAUGAACAUAAGAGUUGCUCGAGUGCGUCGCGACAUACCGUUUUCCCAACUCAGAGAAGUCUCCGGCCUCGGCAUCACUUGAAAGCAGGGUGUCGCGUUCAGGUGCUCGUAAACUACACAACUGGUGUAUUUCUACCAUGACAGUGUUAAGGUGCUUGUUAAAGUCAAAAGAAUCAACACAGUUCAAGGCUGUAAAAAAAAACUAUCAUUUGACUGCUUUUCUCUCAAUGUACUGUACGUAGUCAGAGCAACACUGAGAAAUAUAGACGACCUUGUUUGAUAUGUAGCCCACUAUAAAAGCUUAGUUUACUGUUAGCUUUAACAUGAUAGGCCGGUUAGCUGCUGUAUUCUGCUGAUUAAACACUGAACUUAAAUUGUUUACCAAUUAACAAGGACCAUUCAAAUGCAUCAUAUGCAAUCUGUGAGUCCCAAGCAUUCACCAGUGCACCAUACCUUAACUCCUCUAGUUCCUCUGAUUUUUCCUAUCAGUGUGCUCAGUGCCAAACCAACCCACAUGGUCAAAGGUCUAAUGCUGCAUUCAGGUCAUAUUGGAAUAACAGCUACAAUGCUACUUAUUUGAAUUUAAUGGUAUGUAAAGACACCAAGAUGACGUAAUUUAUGUUUUUUCUAGACGUCCAAUGAUCUUCACACUACCCCCAGAGAUAUGACGUGUCAACUUUCCAUAUCAGAAGCUCAAUUCAACUAUUUUUCCUCUGUGGCCUGAAUGCAGCACUAGUCAGAAUUUCUGAGCUUUGACCGCUUUCCUGAUAGGCUGAUGCAGUCUUCCUCCACCCCUCCCCUCAUUCCUCCCUCUCCUCCUCAUCUUCCUUUUUGCCCCUCCCCUCCCUCUCCACACUUGCAUGCCCAUAAAGGGGGGCGUGUUUUUCCUCUUUGGGCAGGUCUCACUCCAGGCGUGAGACCAGGGUGCAUCACCUGGGCGGAACUUCUGAUCUGACUAAAUGUUACAUUUCUGGCACUUCUUGAUGCGAUUUAUUGCUGCGUAAGAAGAGUUUUUCAAAGCCCAGGCUCUGGUACCAACACUGUCUCAUUUAUUACGCUAAGCUCAGAUAUCAGAAACUUCCCAGUUACCUCAAAUGCACCAUAAAUCUAUCGGUGGCUCAUGCUGGGUUCAUGUCAUGUAAGACAAAGUCGUGGAAGAACAGGGUGACAUUUUUUUGCAGCAUUUUAAAGGCAGUCAUUCAUUCAGUGGAAGGCCCACAACCAAGUGAAAUAAAAGUAUUAAAUUAAAACCACAUUUAUGUUUUUGGCUGCUAAUAUUUACGGUGGACUCAUUAUGGCAUGAACGCAGUAUCAGAGCACGUCCCGGCACCUGCCCAAGGAGGACCAAUCAAACCCAGAUAGAUUCAUUUGAGUAAGAAGAAGCAGGUUAUUGUUAAACUGCCUUUGUACUGAGUGAUUCGUAACACUGGACUGAACUCAGUGUCACACUGCACACACUAUAAACUAUGACCAGCACUUGUAAUGAAGCAAUGACACAGCAUUCUACUACUACUGUAUAAAUAUAAUGAAGAGGAUGUUUUUUUCUGUAAUGAUAUUAUUGAAACUGAAGAUGAAUUAAUAAAAAUAAUCCUGAUUAUUCUGUA